AUGUCCAGCGAUCCAAACAAACCCGGACAGUAUCCGCCUCCGCAGUGGGAUAGCCAACCACAAAGAGGUGCAUAUCCAGUCCCACCACAUUAUCGAGGUCCUCCGCAACCGGGCUACGGAAGUUCUCCAUCAACACCUGGCGAGAUGGUAACUCUACCUCCACCUCCACAGGGCCAUCCAGACAUGCGAUACGCAAUGCCACCCCACGAUAUGUAUUCUCCUUACGGGCCUCCGGAUCCUCGAGCUAUGGGACAACCUCACAUGGGCUAUCAGAGUCAACCGGCACCGAGGCAGCGGACGGCCAUCGCGUGUCGCUAUUGUAGGCGGCGCAAGAUUCGUUGCUCUGGCUUCGAAGCAUCAGAUGACGGUCGUUGUACCAACUGCCAACGCUUCCAGCAAGAAUGCAUCUUCACCCCAGUCUCCUCCCAAGCGCAAGCCUUUGUGCCAGCCCACACUGCGUAUCCACACCUUCGCAAUACUGGGGCUCUGCAACCCCAACGUGGUGGAAGGCCGUUGUAUCCUCAACAAGGGCAGCCUGCUAUUUACGGGGCUCACGGACAACCACUGGGGCCAAUGACACACGACCCUAAUUACCCGCCGCCUCACGGCUACCCUAUGCCGCCUCCUGGGCCAUAUCAAGGCGGCCCCGUCUACGAUGAUCGAGGCCACCCACAGCCUCCCCAUGCUCAAGAUAAAGGUCCAAAUCCUUACUAUCCUCCCCCUCAACAGCAGCAACCGCCCCCGCCACAGCAGCAGCAGCAGCCCCCGCCAGCACGUCGCACAUCGCCUCAAUCGGCCUACUCAUACGAUGCACGUGCCUCGGGCUCGCCUCACGGAAGCACCUCAUCCGCUUCUGCCUACAAUUACCCCGGUGGUCUCCACCCACCUCAAGUGUUGCCUCCAAGAGAAGGACGGACACCUCCACCGGCGCAGGGACAGACUCGUGAGGGCAACGGCAAUGGAAAUGGCAACGGUAGUGCGCAGCGGGGAGGGAUGGCUGUCCGAGAUUUGCUAGGUCCAGGACAGGCGCAAGACAACUCUGGUGGCAGGUCGAGUGCGGAUAGUGAUAUGUUAAGGGCCUUGAACAAAAAGGGUCCUAGCUAG